CUAACUCACAAUCCUCGGCAAUAAUCACGUGCCCUAGCCCUGUUUACAUCUCGUGACCUUAUCAUGGGAAAAUAUGCGUUUGGCCUUAUCAAAUAGAUCUAACCGUGGGGAAAACCCUGUAUUUUCUAUUUUCACUUUCGUUUUCUUGUAUGGCGAUUUUAAGGUUUAGCUUUUAGCACCAGCUGUUUUCACGUUCGUUCCUUGCAUUGAAGAUUAAUGGUAGCUAGUGGUUAAUGUUUUAGAACAGAACGCAAGCCGUACAAGUUUAUAAUGGAAGACUUCGACCGUGGGAUCACCUGCAGCAUCUGUUUGUCCAAUUUCAGAAAACCCAAAAUCAUCGACUGUCACCAUACCUAUUGUGAGACAUGCCUGGAUGAUUAUAUAAACAAAUUUGCCGUGGACGAUAAUUUUGAUUGUGCACUGUGUAGGCGAACCAUCGCAGUACCUCGAAACGGUGCCAAGGAUUUUCCGGUUAAUUUUUAUGUUGAAGACCAGGAAAUAGCAAAUAAAAAGGAAGAAUUUUGUGUUGAACAUGGCAACCAAAUACUGGAUGGUUACUGCUCGGAUUGUCAACUUGUUGUUUGUCGUAAGUGUAAGGAGACAGAUCACCAAACCCACGAUUGUCAGAGUCUACAAGGUAUCCGACAAACUUUCGUUCUCGAAUUAAAAACACUGAAACAGGAACUGGCAGAUAAGAUUCCUCAAUUUCAGUCCUACUCAGAUUUUUUCAGAACAAGAAUAUCGCAGAAAAAGAAAUCUACUGAACGACUCUGCACCGAAGUUGACAAACAAGUGAAUAGAAUUUGCCAAACAACCCACAAACAAGGUGACGAAAUGAAAGACAUUCUGAAGAAAACCCUAGCUGAAGAACUGAUGACCCUGGAUGCCAUGCUUGUUGAAGCUAAAAGAAAUUUGUUUUCUAUUAAAUCAUUACACACUAUGACAUCACAGAUUUUGAAAGAAGCCUCAACAGUGGAAAUGAUCAACAGCAUGGAUAUCAUUCGAAUGGAAAAGGAAGACGUAUGUCCGAGAGAUGUGAAGACGUCAGAGGUACCCAUUUUACCAGUUCCCGAGUUCCAUCCUGGCGACUUUAGCACUGAAAGUUUAUCCCGAUUGAUUGGUCUUUUAAAUGUUGCAUUUCAAAACAAUUUUAAUAUUCACGAGAUCGGGGAAAUAUGGACAAACAACCCGGGCUAUAACUUGGGCAAAUUAUCUUGGUCCGUGGGUGUCGUUGCUAGAUCGGAAAGAUUGAGCAUAAGCUUGGAUAUGGUCAAUAAAGAAAUAAAAUCCUGCAAUUGUCAAUUCACAUUGAAACUCAUCAACAGAGACGAUGAUGAACGUUCUCUCAUUGAGCGCGGAGAUAAAACAUUUACAUCUCAUUACGAUAUGAGUUAUUAUGAAUGGGAGUCUGUUAUUGACAUGGAUGAGAUUUCUGACCCCGACAUAGGUUUUAUAGAUGAUGAGGGUAACUUUAUUAUUCAUGCUGAUCUUCAUAUUUCUCAUAUUGUAUUGUUAAAAGAUUUAUAAAGCCCGGUUGGAGCUGACUUGCCGUAACGCUCUAUUUUAUUCUUCCAUUAUAUUGACAAAUUUAGAAGAGCCGGCUUUACGUUCACACGAGACCAACUACCGUAUUUAGGUAUUAACAUGGUGCCUUUUUAUUUAGGUACCAACAUACCCUCUUUUUUAUCGUCGACUUAUUUUAUUUCGAGACUAACAUAUGGUUUAAUAGUAUUUCAACAAUCCGCUUGUGCGUAGGGGUCUUUAGAUGGGGGUCCGGAGAAAAUCCACGAGGUUGGACAGGCGAUCCUUCUUGUUACGUACAUGUGUGGGAUUGAAACCAGGCCACAUGACUCCAUGACAGAUCUGAAAUGAAAUGAAAUGGGGUUUAACGUCCUACCGACUCCAUGACAGACCUUAUGAUCUAAAGUGCACACAUUAGGCAAUUGUUAACAAGUUGAUUAAAUGUUUUUACGCUAAAAUUAUCUUUAUUAUUAUGGUCCUGUCAUUGAUGUUUAUUUUCAAGUUGCAGACAGACCACCAUUAAAUUUCACCAUCUCGGUAUCCACAAAUUGUAGUUCGUCUAUUUAUAGCAUUUCUCUUUCUGUCUCCUUUCUGCCCUUUUACGUGCCCAUUUUUGUUGAUUUGUUGGUCUAGAAUGGACGACAAGGGUUUCAAUUAACAUUUUAUGCCUGGUUGUGGUAAAUAUUUAUGAUUUUUUGGCAGAAGGAUAACGGGGUUAUCAGGUUGGCUACAGUGAUAUGCACGCAACUAGUUACAUGUUUUAGUAUAACCAUUUGUUCCUCUGUCUGUAGUGAAAGGCAUUCAGCCCAACCAAAAUUUGGGGAAAAGUUGGAUGUGGGCAAAGAGGCCAGAAUUAACAUUGAAGUCAAUGGGGAAAUUAAUGGUGGUCUGCCUCCAGUUAAGUGCUUUUUCUAACUAGAGUUGCUUCCCUUAGUAUAGCUCUACUGGAAAAGCACGUAUAACCGAUUCCAAGUAAUCCAAAUACUACAUCUAAUAUAUACUACAAAAAUUGUUAAAAGCAGUAACAGGGCACAUUUUCUUCCUUUGACGUUCUUAUCCCCGGAACAACUUACGAUUUCUUUAGGAAUAUUUGUAUAGUACUGGGAAAACCCCUACGUACUAAUAUUACAAAUUUAUAUACCCCCCAUCCCACACCCUGUAAAUAUACAAGAUUAAAUAUGUAUAUUUUGCACUUUUUAAUUUAAGGGAAUUUUAUACCCUCUAAUAUUUUAUUACAAUUAUUGUACUUUAUUUUUUCUUUAUGUGUUCAUAUAGUUUAGUAUAAUUAUCAAACAAGACGAAUAAAUAAUUUCAUGCGCGAUACACACCUGGAAUCACAGAAAUAUUUUCGAUGGCUUACCAACUAGGAGGUCCCUCUAUAGUUCAUCGUAAGUCGCAAGCAUUGAUAACCUGUUAAUAUUGAUAAACUCUUACUAUUGAUAACCUGUUUAUAUUGUUAACUUGUUUAUAUUGAUAACCUGUUUAUAUUGAUAACCUGAUAAUAUUGAUAACCUGUUUAUAUUGAUAACCUGUUUGUAUUGAUAACCUGUUUAUAUUGAUAACCUGUUUAUAUUGAUAACCUUAUUUUUAUUGAUAAAAUAUUUAUAUUGAUAACCUGUUUAUAUUGAUAACCUGCUUGUAUUAAUAACCUGCUUGUAUUAAUAACCUGUUUAUAUUGAUAACUUGUUUUUAUUGAUAACCUGUUUAUAUUGAUAACCUGUUUAUAUUACACCUUCGACACCCCGUACCAAGCUCCAUGUAAGGAACCGGAUAUUACUUAUUCUAUAGUCAAUAUGCCCCUGAAACUGCUUGC